AUGUUAGAAAUGCAGCUGCAGGACAAAGAGAGGAGAAAUAUGGAUGCAGUUAGAGAGGACAUGGACGUAGUUGGAGUCACGUCUCUCGGCAUCACCUCCUUCACUCUGUGCGCUCUGGGUAUUGGUCGUUUCCACGCUGCCACCUCCUCCGCCCAGCCGAAGGCUCGGCAGGUGGAGCGCUGCCACUCGGUGCUGACCAAGCUGUUGAUGGUGUGGCUCUCCGCCCUGCUGCUCUCCAGCCCAGAAAUCUUUCUGUGGCAGUUCAGCCCGAGUGUGUUCCCGUCCACCGACAGGGUGGUGGACUCCUGCAGCAUCACGCUGACCUCAUCUCUGUCCCUCUACCUGCCCGACUCCCUCCACUCCCUGCUGCUCCGGUACCACCAGGGCCGUAUGUGGUGGUGCUUCGGCUGCUACUUCUGCCUCCCCAUCCUCUUCACCAUCCUCUGCCAGAUGGCCAGCCGCAACGUCAACAGUGACUCGAGCGCUGCCCAGAAGCAGCGUAACCACGACGACCUCUCCGCCAGCCAGAAGCGCCAGCAGCACCAGGCAGUGGAGCGGCAGCUGAACUGGACCUUGUUGGCAUUGGCAGUGGUGUACGGCGUGUGCGCUCUCCCCGAACACGUCUGCAACAUCACGCUGGCCUACACGCACAUCUCCAUGUCUGAAAACACCGCCGCCAUGAUGGCGCUCUUACAUCACUUCCUGCUGUUUGUGAAGUGCUCCGUGACGCCGGUGCUGCUGCUGUUUCUGUGUAAGGUCCCCCAGCUGAAGGAGAUCCACGAACAGAUCCACCUCCAGCUGAAGAAGACCUGUGUACAGACCCUCCUGAAGUUCAUCAGAUAA